AAUGGUUGAAUGGAUUGUCAUAUGGUGUUGCUUAUGGACGAUCUGCAUAUUGAGUUAUACUCUUUACAUAAAACAAAAAUUAAACAAAAAUAAGAGUAGAGUUGACAAUUUUCAGAAAGACCAAUCAAUUCUGACCUUUGGUUUCUUUCAUCCUUACUGUUCUGCAGGAGGCGGGGGAGAACGAGUAUUGUGGUUGGAAGUAUGCCAUCUUUUGGAAAAUUUUCCUUCUUGUAAGAUUAUUAUCUACACAUCUGAAGAAACAACUGUAGAUGCACUGACAGAGAAAGUUUACAGACAGUUUGGAAUUCGUGUUCUUCCAAAGUUUUCUCUCGUAUUUUUGGAGUCUUCAUUUCUUUUGGAGCCAAAGGAGUAUCCUUGGUUUACGUUGCUUGGUCAGGCAAUUGGAUCUAUGUUUGUAGCUAUAGAAGCCUUAUUACGAUAUACUCCAAAUUGUUUUGUAGACACUACAGGUUUUCCUGCUUCCAUGUCUAUCGCUCGAUUUUGUUUUGGUUGUUACGUUGUUUGUUAUGUGCAUUACCCAACUGUUUCAAAGGACAUGUUGCAAGUUGUUAGACAGAGACAAGUCAAAUACAAUAAUCGCACUUUUAUUGCAAAAUCUUAUCUUGCCACUCAAUGCAAACUAUUUUACUAUCGAGUACUUAUGUUUUUGUAUUUCCUAACUGGCAAAUGUGCCGACGUAGUUAUGGUCAAUUCUUCUUGGACAAAACAGCACAUUUCUGUGAUGUGGAAACCCGAAUAUUUGCAAAUCGUUUAUCCACCUUGUUCGGUCAAAACGUUACUUGACUUUUGUUUAUCAGGUCGAAAGAGACAUUGGAUAGUGUCUCUUUCCCAAUUUCGAGAAGAGAAGAACCAUAUAUUGCAACUAUUUAUUAUUCAGAAACUUGUCCAGCAACAUGAAGAGAAAGAUCUACAAGAUUUUUGUUUGGUAAUGAUGGGAAGUACUCGUAAUGAACAAGAUGUUGAAAGAGUUUCCCAACUUCAAAAGCUAGCUGGUGACUUGAAUAUUGCGUCGUAUGUUCGAUGGGUCAUCAACGCUAGUCAUGAACAAAUUUACAAUUAUUUAUCGAAAGCUGCUAUUGCAUUGCAUACAAUGCGAGAUGAACAUUUUGGUAUCAGCGUAGUAGAAUUUAUGGCGGCGGGAGUGAUUCCUAUUGCUCAUCGUUCAGGUGGCGUAGCAAAGGACAUUAUUACACAUGAACAAAAUGGAUAUUUGGCUAGCAAUCUUGAAGAAUAUGUUGCUAUUCUUGAAAGAUUGUUAUUUCAACUAUCAGAGGAGCAAUUGCAUUCCAUACAAUGCAAUAUGAGAACACGAGUGGCGGAAUUUUCUGAUGAAACAUUUGCCUCAGAAUUCACGAAACAUUUGCUUUUUCCUCGUUGUUCACCGGUUGUGGAAUAUAAAAAGUUGUAGUUUAUAAAAUAUUUGUAGAGUAUGUUAUCGAUAGUUGUAAGGUUGU